UGUCUUAACUGUUAAAACAGCGAUCAGCAAGCUUCCAGCAACCAUUUUUAUGCAUUCAGAUGAAAAAUUAGCAUGCAAGGAAACUCUUGGUAAGGAGGGUUGUAGCCUGCUUGGUAGAAUCUUGAAAACUGCCUGGAUUUAAAGCCAAUAACUACCGAGUGAAUUAGCCUCCUGGUAAAAACACUCGGAGUUUGCCUUAAGAGCAGGUGACAAUACCAGCUUUGUCUGGAAGAGCGGUUGAAGCUACCUGUCUGCUAAGCCAGGCUUGUAACUUAGAGGAGUGAGGCUGACCGACCACGCCCUGCUAAUGCUGCCUGCCCAGCUUUGUGCCUUUGCGCACGCGCCGUGGCGCCAACUUCGCCACUAGGAGGCGCCGGGCCCUCUUCAGGCGGCCUUGGGCGGUGCGUGUGGGUGUGACGUCAGUGCGCGCGCCGCUUCUUGUUGCCGGGCGGCGAUGGCGGCUCCUCUGGAGUCCUCGGCGGAGGACGCACUGCGGAACUUUGUUCGAGUUUUGGAAAAGCGAGACGGCACGGUGUUACGACUGCAGCAGUAUGGCUCGGGCGGCGUGGGCUGCGUUGUUUGGGACGCUGCCAUUGUCCUUUCUAAGUACCUGGAAACGCCCGGGUUUUCCGGCGACGGGGCUCACGCUCUGAGCCGGCGGUCCGUGCUGGAGCUGGGCUCCGGCACUGGGGCCGUGGGGCUCAUGGCUGCUACCCUCGGGGCUGAUGUUGUGGUCACAGAUCUUGAGGAAUUGCAAGACUUGCUGAAGAUGAAUAUUAAUAUGAACAAGCAUCUUGUCACUGGUUCUGUUCAAGCCAAGGUACUGAAAUGGGGGGAAGAAAUAGAAGACUUUCCAUCUCCGCCAGACUACAUACUGAUGGCCGACUGCAUAUACUAUGAAGAGUCUUUGGAGCCGUUGUUGAAAACUCUAAAAGAUCUUAGUGGAUUUGAGACUUGUAUUAUAUGUUGUUACGAACAACGAACAAUGGGAAAAAAUCCAGAAAUUGAGAAAAAAUAUUUUGAGCUCCUCCAGCUAGACUUUGACUUUGAAAAAAUUCCUUUGGAGAAACAUGAUGAAGAAUAUCGAAGCGAGGAUAUUCAUAUUUUAUACAUCAGAAAGAAAAAAUCGAAAUCUCCAUCGUGAAAUCUUUAGUCCUCUUACCCAAGCUCUCUAACAACCUGGGUAAGCUAAAGAUGUGAAUGGAGCAUGUGAAUACAGCAUGGGAAGAUUGUGUUCACAGAUUUUUCCAGCAUGUCCAUAGAGAUUCAAUAUAUAACUGACAACCACCAUGGGCUGCCUGCAGUUCGAAAAAUGAUUACUGACUGCCUGCCAAUGGGCCUGAAAUCCAACUUAGUUUACUUGUAGCUCAGCGUCAAGUUCUGCUUAGAAGAAAAUUGUGUAUCAGUCACUCCUCAAAUGAAUAUAGGUGUUGAGGUUUGCCUAAAGUCUGCCAGAAAUAAACAGUGAAGUGGCUUGGUUGACUUGGCAUUAUUGUCGGGAAACUAGAGAUAAACUGAUCCAGUUUCUAAAGAGAGAUAUCUAUUACUAUGUAAUUCUGUUUAAGUUGCAACUAAUAAAAUUUAGUUGUCUUCAAGAUCAGUAAAUCUAAAAGUUGGUUUUUAUUUUAAUGUAAUUUUGCAGUGGUUUUUAUCGUAUGUACCUUCCACUUCAUUGCUGUUAUUACGAUAGCCUUAGCAUUUAAAUGUUCUUUUACUUAAAAAAAAAAAAAGAAAACCUGAAUAUACUGUUUUGUAUACUUCUAUUAGCCAAAGUUUUAUUCUUUUCUUCCACCGUACAUGUCUAUGUGAGUUAGAUAGUAAAUUAUACUGUAAUGAGUUGGUAGGAAUGAAAGUAAGAAAUCAGGAGGGGGGAAAAGGUAUCUUUAAAAACUUUCUUUCAUUUGAGAAUGGAGUAGGAAUAAAAGUCCAGUUUCAGGCUUGUGCACUUACGUGGCUCUUGCACUUUUCUUUGCAUAUAUCUUCUAGGAAAAUGGCUAAAAUCACCAGUGUUGUUUACAUGAAACAGAGAACUGUUUUUAAAUAACUACAAAUGUUGUUCUAUAUACAUUGACCAAGUGAUUUUGAUUCUGUGUAUUCUCUGUUUUAUGAUGUUACAAUAAUCAUCUGCUCACAGACUGAUCGAGGACACGCCAGUUGUGAAGAGUAAUACUAACUGGAUAGAAUUCUGGUACUUGUAGGCAUUGGUGCAAGGUGGCACAUUUUAUGUAUUAAAUAAACAUUGUUUUUGAGA